AUGGCCUCGGCGAGUGGCAGCACCACCAUCGUCACCGCCGCCGGAAAGGCAAAAACUGUGGAGGACAAGCCCGAUUCCGCCGGCAUGGACGAGCUCUUUGCUGUCCUGGGUUACAAGUUGAAGUCCUCCGACAUGGCCGAUGUUGCCGAGAAGCUGGAGCAGCUGGAGAUGGCGUUGGCCACCACCACGGAGCAAGACGGAGCCUCUGUUCUCUCCACCGACACCGUCCACUACAACCCCUCCGACAUCUCCGGCUGGGUCGACACCAUGUUAUCUGAUAUCACCACCUCCUGUGGCUGUGGAUUCGAGAUCGGCAACAUCCCCGGCGAAUCUUCUUCCGGCAAUCAUAAUACAACCGGUAGCUCGCGCACAGAUGGAGAACGAAGAAGAGUCACAUACGACGGUGAUCUGAGCGCGAUUCCUGGCGGGGCCGUUUUGCAGAGCGGAGCUAAUAAGAGGAUGAGAAUCAGUGCUGGAUUCCUCGAAAACGUUUCUCCGCCUGUGACAGCGGCUCGGCCGUUCGUAGUGGAUUCCCAGGAGACCGGGGUGAGACUCGUACACGCGCUGACGGCGUGCGGCGAGGCUGUGCAGCAAGGUAACAUGAAAUUGGCGGACGCCUUGGUGCAGCACGUAAGCGUGCUGGCGGUUUCGCAGGGCGGCGCCAUGGGGAAGGUCGCCACCUACUUCGCGGCGGCUCUGGCCCAAAUAAUCUAUGGGAUUGGUUUCUCUCAGCUGGACCCGCUCCAAUUGGAUCUUCUGCAGAUGCACUUCUAUGAAACGACACCGUAUCUGAAAUUUGCACACUUCACCGCCAACCAGGCGAUACUCGAGGCCUUCGCAGGGUCAGAUCGGGUGGAGGGUCGCCGUGCUUGUUUGGGGGAGGUGAGAAAAUUCUGA